AUGUGGGCUGUGGUGUGUGUGGGCAGGUACGACUACGAGGUGCUGCUGCAGAACUCUACGUUCUGCCUGGUGCCGCGCGGCCGCCGCCUGGGGUCGUUCCGCUUCCUGGAGGCGCUGCGCGCCGGCUGCGUGCCCGUGCUGCUCUCCAACGGCUGGGCGCUGCCCUUCGCGCAGGUCAUCGACUGGCACCAGGCCGUCGUCUGGGCCGACGAGCGCCUCCUGCUGCAGGUUCCGGACAUAGUUCGGUCAGUGCCCGCGACGAAGGUGCUGGCGCUGCGGCAACAGACUCAGGUGCUGUGGGAGCGCUACUUCUCCUCCAUCGAGAAGAUCGUCUUCACCACCCUCGAGAUCAUCCGGGAGCGGCUGCCGCGGCAGCCGUCGCGCGAGGGCUUCGCGUGGAACGCGAGCCCCGGCGCGCUGGUGACGCUGCCCGGCUUCUCGGACUCGUGGCGCCGCUACCCGUUCCACCUGCCACGGCUGGGCGCGCGCCCCGGCGCCACCUUCACCGCCGUCGUCUACUCGCAGCUCGGCGCCGCCGCCCUCGCCUCCAGCGCCGCCCCGCUGCACCGCCUGCUGCGCAACGUCGCCCGCAGCGCGCACGUCGCCAGGAUCGUGGUGGUGUGGGCGCACGAGCGCGCGCCGCCCGGCCGUUCGCGCUGGCCCUCUCUGGGCCACGUGCCGCUGACGGUGCUCUCGCAGCCGCAGGGCCAGGGCCAGGGGCCGGCGGGCAUCGGGCGCCGCUUCCAGCCGCACCCGCUGCUGCAGUCGGACGCCGUCCUCUCGCUCGACGAGGACUGCCUGCUCACCACCGACGAGGUCGACUUCGCCUUCGCCGUCUGGCAAGCCUUCCCCGACCGCAUCGUCGGCUACCCCGCGCGCUCGCACUACUGGGACGACGCCAAGGGCACCUGGGGCUACACGUCCAAGUGGACCAACGACUACUCGAUCGUGCUGACGGGCGCGGCGUUCUACCACCGCUACUACAACUAUCUGUACACGUACUGGCUGAGCCCGCUGCUGCACAAGACGGUGGAGCAGUCGCAGAACUGCGAGGACAUCCUCAUGAACUUCCUCGUGUCGCACGUGACGCGCCGGCCGCCCAUCAAAGUGACGCAGCGCAAGCAGUACAAGGAGCAACCGCCGGGCGGAGUCAGGUCCCCAUGGAACGAUCCAGAUCACUUCAUUCAGCGCCAGACUUGCCUCAACACCUUUGCAGCUGUUUUUGGUUACAUGCCUCUUCUGCGUUCCAACAUGAGGCUCGAUCCAGUGUUGUUCAAAGACCCCGUCUCAAACAUGCGUAAGAAGUACCGCCAGAUUGAAUUGGUAGGCAGCUAGUAUCAUCUGACAGUUAAAGUCACAGUGGUUCCUCACAUUUAUUUCGCAGACCUGUGGUGUGUGAUACUUAAAAGAACAUAUACAAGUUGUUUAUAUCGACGUGGCGUUUUCAGAAAAAGUUUGUCGUAUUUAUCAAUGCAAUGUAUUUUAUUUAAGUUAUGAAAUUGUAUACCAAGACCAAAAGGAAUAUACGAAACGUCUGUGCUUUCAGAGAACACAAUGGUACUUGUUCCUUGCUUACAUUUUCCUGUAAUGGAUGUGCAUCGAUUAGAUCCCAUUUUAUAUUUAUUAUUUUGAGUUGCAAACCCUUUAUGACUAAAGCACUGAAAACUUGUAUGUAACUCGCUGAAUACAAAGACAUGAAUUACUAAAUCUUUGAUAAAAUACCUAUUCAAAGGCUUUCUAACCUCCCAGCCAACAGACUGCUAUACCUCAUAAUAAAUGUUGUUGUCCAGUUAUAUAUGUGACAGUCCCAAAUGAUGUGUAUUUUCUUUGUAUUUACGAAUUUAUUAACAAAUUGAAAUAUUUUGGAAAUUACAUUUUAUACAAUUGGUUUUUGUGGAUGUUUUGAAUAAUUUGUUGAAGCAUGAAUCAGGAGAAGAGCUAAUAAUAUACAUUGAAAACCAUCUUUUCCAGACAUAAUUGUGUGUUAAAUAGCACCUGUUCAUUAUUUAUCUGAAAUAAUUUAACAUAGAAUGGACUUCAGUAUUGAAUAAAACAUUGCUGUAUGUAAUCAAUUUAUGUAAACAGACUCUGAAGUUAUAGAGAGUACAUUAUUGACUAUUGAAGUUUUAUCCAUGUGUCUCAUUUGGAAGACACUGUACAUCUGUAAAAAUUUACAAGGCUCAUUGAUUUUUUGGUCAGCAGUUUGAUAUCAGUACUGUCUUGUAGUGACUUUUCUGUUGGUUUCAUUCAUUAGUUUUACGUAACUUCUUACAUUCCACUAAGUCACUGUGCAAUGAAGCAUAAAGCAAAGGGAAGUACCUUGAUGUAACUUGACCUUGUUCUGUUUUGUUUUUCUACAGUUUGAUACUGUGUUGUGCAACCAUUUGCUUCCCGACUGUUACAUACUGUAUAUGCUAGCAGAGCAAUGUAAAUUGACACAUUUUUAUAGGAACAUAUAUUUUAUUUUUGUUUAAUACAUAACAAUAAAAUGGAGAAUACUAUACAGUAACACUGUCCAUUGUCUCAGCACAGAUAUAUUGCAGUUACAAUGUGAUAUGUAUGUGUGUGAGGAUUAAUAAAAUGAAUCUUUUAUUAACGCA